AAGAGAGCUUCGGAACAGCUUCGGAGCGCACACGAUACAUACGAUCCGAUCAACCACCAGUUGGUGUGGGCACUCCAACGGCAACGUAUUAUUUAGAUAGCUCUAGCGGAUCGGGGAAUACAGAAACCGAAAUAGAGAAACAAAAAGAGAACAAAAUAAAACGCGAUCUUAGUUAACAUUCGCAUCGAGUAUACGAAGCGUGAAACAACAGCAGUGACGACAAAAAAUAAAUAGAACUAAAAAAGUGCAACAACAAAUUCGUCAAGAAUCAAAGUAACGGCAAUUCGUGCAAGUAUCAUGCUGUAGCCACAUGGACAUAUGAGGAUGCGAUGCUUCUGAAGUUACUUGAACAUGGACUUUGAUUUCUCGGAUUUUUCUCGGCAAGACCUACUGGAUGGGAUCGACAACUAUGCCCUGGACCUUUUCAUGCAGGUCACGGCCGGAGUGGGUGGCCUCGAGGACAGCAGCGCCCAGCAUGGAGGCAAUGACGCUCUCGGGGCAGCUGCCGCCAGCAAAAUGGACUCGCCCCACACACCGCCCAUCAGCCUGAGCAGCACGCCCCAUGUCCAUGGCCAUCUGCCGGAGAGUCCGCCAGACUCGGGCUCUGAGCCCGCCUACAGUCCGCUGAACGAGACGCAUGGCUUGGGGCUGCUGCCGGGGCGCGGGGACCUCAUCUACUCGAAUCUGGGACCAAUGGGGCAUUCGCAGGCGGGCAGCAUGCUGCAGACAGACAUGCAGUACGUGUCGCAUCAGCAGCAGCAACAGCAACAGCAGCAACAGAUGAACGUCGUGGGACACAACUUUGCACCGCCGCAGGUGGAUGUGAGGAUCAAGCACGAGGCAGGGCUGAUCAUGAAUCCCAGCAGCCUGCUGUGCCAGCCACUCAACGAGCAGCAGAUACUGCAGCAUCCGCACAAUCAAUUGCAGCAGCAUCAGCAGCAUCAGGUGCAAGUGCAGCCACAUCCGGAAAUGGUCCAGGAGCAAAUGAUCUACCAGCACUACGACAACGGGCCAGGGCCAGGACCUGAGCCGGGACCAGGUCCGGGCAUUUACGGUGCUGGCAGCUACCAGAAUCUCUCCACCUGCACGUUGACCUCCUCGCUGGGACUCGGCGAUCGGGUGCAGGUGAUUGGGACCAGCCAGCUAUCGCUGAACCGCACCUCGGCCCCCUCCACGCCGGUGCACUCGCUGUCCCGUAAGCGGAAAAUGUCCACGACGCUGGAUUGCUCGGAGUUCUCGCCCACGGCCAAGGUGGACGCGGGCCUGGUGAUGAGUCCCCUGCGCGCCUCGCACCACUCCUUGACCGCGCCCCACAGCCAGAGCAACAGCAACGGCCACGAGGCCGGCAACGGGAGCGUCAGUGACCUGGCCAAGACACCUGCCCACUCACACUGCUCCGCCUCGGUGUCGCCGGCCCUGUCCGGCAUCCACUCGCAGGCGGACAACAGCCUGGACGGACAGUCGAGCCACGCGGCGGCCGGCUCCGGCUCUGGGUCGGGCAGCGAGGCCGGGGACACCGCCCAGACGCAGUGCAUCCGCUUCAAUGCCUUCCAGCCGGAGAACUGGCACAAGCUGUUCGACCAGAGCCUGCAGGAGCUGUCCGUGAUCUACUACCGCGUCGAUGCGGACAAGGGAUUCAACUUCAGCGUCUCGGACGACGCGUACGUGUGCCAGAAGAAGAACCACUUUCAGGUUACUUGCCAUGCCCGACUCCAGGGCGAUGCCAAAUUUGUGAAGACCCCGUCCGGCUUUGAGAAAAUCAAAUCCUUUCACUUGCAUUUCUACGGCGUCAAGUUCGAGGCGCCCAACCAGACCAUCCGCGUGGAGCAGAGCCAGUCGGACCGAUCCAAGAAGCCAUUCUAUCCAGUUCCGAUCGAUCUCCAGAAGCAUAUCGUCAGCAAGAUCACCGUUGGCCGCCUGCACUUCUCCGAGACGACCAACAACAACAUGCGCAAGAAGGGGCGCCCUAAUCCGGAGCAGCGCUUCUUCCAGCUGGUGGUGGGCCUCCAUGUGCACACAAUUUCCGGGAACUUCCCUGUGAUGAGCCAUGGCAGCGAGCGGAUCAUAGUGCGCGCCUCCAACCCCGGCCAAUUCGAGUCCGACGUGGACCUGUGCUGGCAGCGCGGCCUCACCCAGGAGUCCAUCUUCCAUGUGGGCCGCGUGGGCAUCAACACGGACCGUCCGGACGAGAGUCUUGUGGUGCAUGGCAACCUGAAGGUCUCCGGCCACAUUGUCCAGCCCAGCGACAGUCGAGCCAAGCAGGAGAUCGGGGAGCUCGACACCUCGGUGCAGCUGCGCAACCUCCAGAAGAUACGCAUCGUCCGCUACCGCUACGAGCCCGAGUUCGCCCUUCACUCGGGCCUGAGGCGACAGAGCGACACGCGGGAGAUUGUCGACACUGGCGUCAUUGCCCAGGAGGUGCGCGAGGUGAUCCCGGAUGCGGUGCAAGAGGCUGGCAGCGUUGUCCUGCCCAAUGGCGAUGUCAUCGAGAACUUUCUGCUGGUCAACAAGGACCGCAUCCUCAUGGAGAACAUUGGGGCCGUCAAGGAGCUGUGCAAGGUCACCGGCUCCCUGGAGACGCGCAUCGAGCAUCUGGAGCGGGCCAACAACAGCCACAACAGCCACCAACUGCGUGCCAAGGACCUGCUGGAGCCGCGCUGCCUGCUGCCGGACAGAGGGGCCCUCAAGUCCUACAUCAGUCGGCGGGAUGGCUACGAGAUCUGCUCCAGCCGCUCCCUGCAGAUUGUCAUCUUUGUGCUGAUCAUCGUGAUGGCAGCCUGCCUGGCGGCUGUGUCCACGCUGUACUUUGUGGAGCACAACAAGCAGCAGCAGCUGGACGGGUACCAGCUCUUUGGCAACAGUCACAUUUUCCGCACGGACACGCCCACGCACCUGAGCGAGGAGGAUAGGCACUACUUUCAGCACAGCCUGCACACACUCUUCAAGAACAAGACGCACGUGGCCUGGCCCAGUCUGAUGUACGCCACGAGUACAUCCCGACCACCAGCCUCUGCCUUGGGCCCGCGCCCCGGGGAAGAUGAGGCCGAGGAGCUGGCCGCCGUUAUGACCAAGCCGCAGGUGAACCUCCAGCAGCAGCAGCAGCAGUCGCUGAAACACAGUCGCAUCACGACUUCAGCGCCGAGGUUCAGCAACAAGACCAUCAGCAGCAAGAAGACCAAGUGGCCGCUGUCCCAAGAGGUUCUGCGACAGGCGGCCAGUCAGAAGGCGCUCCAGGCUGUGCACGGUGUACGGGGAGGGGCACCGCCUCCAGCCAGCGUCAAUGAAACGAGCGCCCCCUCAUCCUCAUCCGAAAAGCCCACACAGUCGUCCCAGAGCCAGUCGCAGGCCAUUUCCCUGCCCCAAGACUUUGAGAAUAACUCCAUAGACAUUGAUGCGCAGCAGCAGCAGUUGGUGGGUGGGAAGCAGCCUUUGUCGGCUCUAAAGCUGGACGAGCACAUUGUGGUGGUGGGAACCAUUGCCAGUCCCACUUCGGAGGGAGCAGAGGGGGCAUCCCACUCGUCGGAUGUCGGCGGUACCGUCGGUCAGGCCAUCCGCAAGCUCACUGGGGACGCGGUCAUCUACAACGUGUACAAGACGGUGUCACCGCCCACGGCGAACCUGGCGCUGACCACCAACAAGGUCAGCACCGAACCGGCCCAGAGCACUCUCUCGCAGGCCCUGGACGCGCCACCCCCGGCGGCGCUUCCUGUCCAUAACAGCAGCGGUGGGCAUGAAAAUCCCGAUGCCCUCGACCUGCAGAAUCUAAGCAACACCAACGAGUCCGUAGACAACCCCAUCUCAGCGCUCUUUGGAUUUGUGUUCCCGGAAACGGGCCUGAGGGACUCCAGCGUGGGCAGGCGGUCGGCCAAUCAGCGCAGUCUGGACUGGAUCGUGCAUAAGACCCUGAAGACAGGGCUCUUUGGCCAGCCGGCGGAAUGCACUGGCGAUGAGUCAGUCAGCGAUAAUUGCCAGUCCGUUUGCUUUGAGGAACUGCCGUCGUCGAAGACACAGCCGGAUAACGUAGAUGCCAAUGUCAGGGAGCAGCAUGUGGAGGAUGAUCUUCAGUCCGCCGAGCAGGAGCAGGAUCCCGACGUACUAGCCUCACAACCAGCGUUGUCGGCCAACAACGAGACUACCUUUGUCCACGGAAAAAGCUCCCACAACACGGAUGCCAAGAACGCAGAGACACAGGCAGCAUCGAUCCAAAACCAGAGUCUGGGCCAGGGGACACCAUUGGAGCAGCUGCCAAGGCCAGAGGUUGACCAUCCUCCCAUUCAGUUGGAUUGCUGGAGCGUCACCAGCUGUGUCCUGGCCGCCCAAUACAACAGCACCAUCGACAUAGAGAAGUUCUGUCCCAGUGCGGGCAGCUCCCUGAACGUUAGCUACAUAGUCCCAGUGUCGCGUUAUCUCCAGGCCAGCAAUCUGGAGCUACAUUUCACCUCGAACAAGCCACUGCAGUGGUCCAUCUGCAUUGAUGAGGACCAGGCCAAGGCCAAUGCGAACGCGAAUGCCCAACUCAACGAGGACGAUGAGGUUCCGCCCAGCAGUGGAGUGAAAAUCCUCAAACAGCUGGGCAACAACAAGCUGAUCCUGGCCCUCGACAUGCCCGAGCACGGCUACUUCUUGCGCGACUUUAUGCUGCGCGCUAGCCACGAUCUGGAGCAGCAAAAACUAUGCGACGAUAGCGCUCACCUGGCGAACCCUAUACUCCAGUACAACUUUAGAAUCGUAAGAGAUUGUGAUUAGUUUACAAUUUAAUUUAUGGCACGGAUUGAAUCUGAAUCUGAAUCUCCAGAAAUGCAUAUAUAUACCAUAUACGAGUAAAAUAUGUUCAAGCGGCAUGCGACAUGCUGCAUUGUCAAGGCACCAAAAUGGAACACUUUUUAAAUUAGGAAAAUACGAGUCAACGAAAAACAAAAAACUGUUGAUCAGAUUGAUAGCCGAAAGUGGAAAUGAAUACAUUUAUACGUAAAGAAAGCAAUCAAAUAAGACAUGCAAAUCCAUUAUCGACAAUUUAAAUAAAAUAUUUAGAGAAAUCUUUUA